CUCUGCCCUCCGAGUGCUGGGAUUAAAGGCGUACGCCAGCACUGCCAGGCCACACACAUUUUAACUAUAUGUAUAGAUAUGUGCAAGUGAGUGUGGGUGCCUGCAGAUGUCAGAGUAUCAGACUCCAGAGAGUUAUAGACAGUUGUGAGCACUUGACUUGAAGGCUGCGAACCAAACUUUGAUCCUCUGAAAGAACAGUAUAAGCUCUUAACCACUAAGCCAUCUCUCCAAUCCCUUCUUUUCUCUUUCUCUCUCUCUCUCUCUCUCUCUCUCUCUCUCUCUCUCUCUUUCUUUCGUUCUUCCGUUCUUCCUUUCUUUCUUUUUGAGAUAAAAAUUUCAUGUAUGCCAGGCUGGCUUUGAACUCACAUAGCUGAGGAUGACCUUUGACUUCGGGUCUUCCAGCUCCCGUGCCCAGCGCCUGUGCUGUCCCGCACUGUGAACUGGAGCCAGGGUUUGGUGAACGAACAUUAAGCGAGCACUCUACUGACAGCUACAUCUCCAGCUCUUCUUUCUAAUUUGCUACGUAGCUGAGGAUGACCUUGAACUCCUAAUACCCCUGACUCUACUUCCCAACUCUAAGGAUUUCAGGCCUGCACCACCACACCUAGUUUUGGAUGGUUGAUGUCAAAGGACAGAAACCCAGGUCUAGUGGACUGAGGCAAAACAAGAAUUGAUUGGCUUGUACCACUACAGUCCAGUAGGAGGCUAAAGCCUUCAGCAUAGCUGGAUCCAGAAGUCCCAUGGUGCUCUCUGUCCUUACUCCACCACCCUUGGAUUUUGACAGCCUGCUCCUCGUGGUUGUAUCUCCAGGACACAGCAUCAUGCCUGGCACACAAUCCAGGCAGCAGUGGCAACUCCAGCCUCACUCCUCCCAGCUUUGCAAGCCUGACAAAACCUCUCUCAUUCUCAACCAUUGGUCAGAACUCCAGUCUGGACUUCCAAGAGCCCAGCAGGAAGUCCCACCAUCCCUGAGGUGGUCACAGGGCCCAAUGAUCCCACUCCUCUCACAUGGGCAGGUCAUGUUCCCACAUCCUCAAGGCUCUGAAAUGAUCUUUUCCAGGUUCACCCGCAGGGCAGGCCAAGUGCUAGGCCUGAGCCCUCUCUUCCACCACCACCGGAAGCCUGGUUCCUGGGGCUCUAUGCUCUGCAGUCCUCAGAGCUGAGCAGCAGGCCCUCACUGGGUCCACAGUGAAAGGAAGGGAUGGCAGAGCCUGUGGUCCCAGAAGGAGGGUUAUGGAAUUUCUACCCAAGGAAACAAAGGAAGAGGCCCCAGUCCCAGGCUGCAGCUGCUUCUUCAUACUCAAAAUGAGCUUUCAGUUCCACUUGGUCCCGGCUCCACAGAGGGGAAAAGGGAAGUAAAAAGAGAGAAGAGAAAGCAGAUGCCUGUCCCCCUGCUGCCUUGUGCUGGCUUUGCCAACUGUAGCCUGGUGGGACCAGAACUGUCCUAAUGGGGAUUCUGUCCCCUACCUACUGUCCCCCAGGCACCAGGGACUGGCAUAAGGAACCGACCUCAGUCUGUCUGGAGGUGGGUUCCAGGGUACUCAGGCUGGGUGCCACACAGGGUCAGGGCUGUGUGGUACCUGGAAUAGAGGGUGUAACCCUGUAAGGAAGGAAACACAGCUACCGUAAGUUUCUCAGGCUCAGAGGGGUUGGAUAGGAGGCCCUAAGCCACACAGCAGGCUGGGUCUUAGCCUGACUCAGAAGAAGGAAGCCAAGUCUUAACCCCACCAUCCUGCACCUUUGCUGCUAAAUUCACAAGGCUGGGAUACAGCAAGGGGGUUUCCCAGCGUGACUUCCCAGCAGGCAGGGAUUCCAAGUUUGGAAGCCACAUCUCAGGUCCAGCGGGAGCAGGGAAUGUUAGUAGGUGGUGACUAAGGCUUCCAGCUCCUGCCUCUGUCCCACAGGCUUCCUUGUCCCUCCAGACACGGAGGAUCAGUCAAAGGGCGUCCUGCGACUCCGGGAUCUAAAAGUACCAAGAGCGCUGAGUCAGUUCUUCCUGGCGUCUGCACUCAGUUGACGGUGCUGCAGAACCGACCUCAUAGUUGUGAUCUGGACUAAGAAAAGGAAGCAAGUAGAGGUUGUCCCUCGGUGGGGUGAGGGCUGCAGUGUUUUUGCUGGUGGUUUACCCAGGUACCUGGAGUAGAGAUGGGCAGAAGAUGCCUGGCAUCAUAGCGAUACUCCUGGCUGGACAUGCAAGUGGCUGCUGUGAGCUGCAUUGAGAGGGUGAGGUUCAGACAGAGGCCUGAGCUUGCUGAGGUGGAUAAAUAAGAGGAAAUCUGAGGAGGGCCAGAGGAACGGGGCUUGCUCAGCACAGGCCUGACAGGAGGCCCCUGCAGCACGGGCACUAGUCUUGUCCUCGUCAGCUGUCCACUAGCGCCAUCUCAUGGCUUCAGGCUCUUAUUGCAGGAACCAUCUCAGUCCCGGCAGGAGCCACAGCUUUUAGAAGUAUUAACCCAUGCUUUGCUCCAGGGCCAGCACCCCAUCUUCCCUUAGGUCUUCAAAGUUGCCUCAACCCUGACUGACCCUGGGCCACAGGAGACUGUUCUGGGAACACCACAAGGAGCUAACUACUGGGAAGAAGAUGAGCUGUGACCGAAAGAACACGGGUUUUGAAGGUAGCAUUCAGGCUGGCAUCAUUGGCGUUUUCCUCAGUGAGCUCUCUGUGUGUGCACUGUCCACAGGAGUAAACUAAGAGCCACCAGAGCUUUCUGUCCUGGACCUAGUGGAGAAACACCAAACCUGGUACUUCCUCAUAAAGGUCUUCCAUCUGCAUGAGACAGGUACAUACCAUUACCACAGUUCUACCCCCAGAGGUCUCGGACGUCUUCUAACUCAAUGACAACAUUCUUAUUCCUCCAACAGUAAGAGUGGGGAGGUAAAUCCCCACUCCAAGGUCACAGCUGUGAUUGGAACUCAAGCCCACCAAUCCCCACACACAGAGAGAAGAGACAAUUGACUAGGGUUGUGAGAGAUGAAGAACUUCACUAGGAACACUGAGGGAAAUGAAAUACUAGAGAAACGAAAUGACUUUGAUUUCUCUCAGGCUUGAGCUUCAUUGGAAUACACAUUUCCAUAGGAAUUCUGUAUGGAUCUUUAUGGGGCAAUGAGCCUUAAGAGGAGACAAAGUUAAGGACUUAGUUGUUCAGAUAUCUCAAGGCAUAGUGCCAAGUGAGUUAGUGAGCAUGCCACUGAGAGGGUGUGUUUUACUUCCCCAGAUACUCCAAGCAUAGGAAAAGCAGUUGGGCAGUAAUGGAGCGGGACAAUGGCACCAUCCAGGCACCAGGCUUGCCGCCCACUACGUGUGUCUACCGUGAGGAUUUCAAGCAACUGCUGCUACCCCCGGUAUACUCAGUGGUGCUGGUGGUCGGCCUGCCCCUGAACAUCUGUGUCAUCGCUCAGAUCUGCGCAUCCCGUCAGACCCUGACCCGCUCAGCUGUGUACACCCUGAACUUGGCACUGGCAGACCUGCUGUAUGCCUGCUCACUGCCCCUUCUUAUCUAUAACUACGCCAGAGGGGACCACUGGCCCUUCGGAGACCUGGCCUGCCGCCUCGUGCGCUUUCUCUUCUAUGCCAACCUACAUGGUAGCAUCCUGUUCCUCACCUGCAUUAGCUUCCAGCGCUACCUGGGUAUCUGCCACCCCCUGGCCCCCUGGCACAAGCGUGGCGGCCGCCGUGCUGCCUGGGUGGUAUGUGGAGCUGUGUGGCUGGCUGUGAUAGCUCAGUGCCUGCCCACCGCAGUCUUUGCUGCCACGGGCAUCCAACGCAACCGCACUGUCUGCUACGACCUGAGCCCACCCAUUCUGUCCACCCGCUACCUGCCCUAUGGCAUGGCUCUCACGGUCAUCGGCUUCUUGCUGCCCUUCACAGCCUUACUGGCCUGCUACUGUUGCAUGGCCCGCCGUCUGUGCCGCCAGGAUGGCCUAGUAGGACUUGUGGCCCAAGAGCGGCGCAGCAAGGCAGCCCGUAUGGCUGUGGUGGUGGCGGCUGUCUUCGCCAUCAGUUUCCUUCCUUUCCACAUCACCAAGACAGCUUACUUGGCGGUGCGGUCAACACCCGGUGUCUCUUGCCCUGUACUGGAGACAUUUGCAGCUGCCUACAAAGGCACCCGGCCCUUUGCCAGCGCCAACAGUGUACUGGACCCUGUCCUCUUUUACUUCACACAGCAGAAGUUCCGGCGGCAGCCACAUGAGCUCCUACAGAAGCUCACAGUCAAGUGGCAGCGGCAGAGUAUGAGGCCCCAGGGCAAGCCCUGAGGCAUGGCAGCUGUGUAUUUGCCGUGGGGGCCAUGGUGCCAGAAGCUUCCCCCACAAGCCCAAAUUAUACAGAGAAGUAAAACUUGGUUCAACCGGCCUGGAUCCAGCCCUAAAGAAGUUCUACAUCAACCACAAAGCUAAGACACCCGUAUUUCAGGGGCUGGUCAGUUCAUGCUUCUUAUCCCAGAACUCAGGAUGUUAUGACUGGAGGAAAGCUCCAGGCCAGCCUGAUACAUGGGGAAACCCUGCCUCAGACAAUCCAGAGUUGGGGCUAUAGUUCAGUAGCACAUGCCUAGAGUGUGCUAGCCCCUGGGUUCAAUCCCUAACACUGCAAAAUUCAAUAAGGGUCUUUUCCCCCCAACCCUUCUUGUUUACAAGGUGAAGGGGAAGGCUGGGGCAUGAUCAUGAACAUAAAGGCAAGGUCUUGAUCCCUGGGACCCACUUCUUAUAAGGAGUGAGAAUCUGGGGGAGGCUCGUGUUCCCAUUCAUUUGCCAAAACUUUUGCAUAAGAGAGAUAAAUAAAUAUAAUUUUGUUGGUUUUGUUA